GAUAUAAAAACCUGAAGGACUCUAUGAAGGAGUUGCUCAACAAAUCUCCUCUAUUGGAGUGCUUGGGAGAUUUCUCCUUCAACUUAGAAUUUCUCCUCGAAGCCCAAAAGAAUAUAGCCCUUCGAGAGCUCUAUACAUGCAAAGGACUGGCAUCAAUCCUCCCCGUAUUAGAAGAAAUGUAUAGUAUUCGAGAAGUAAGCUUUUCCACGAUGGAAGAAUGGACAUUGGCACCUACCCAAGAAUCCCUCUCCCUCUCACAACAUUCCGUGAAGCCAUUCAACUGGUCAUAUUUACUCUGCGCUCAAAGGUUUCCGUUGGGAUCCUUGUUUCAUCGCCUUCCAUUUCUGACCUUUCUCCAUAUCGUGCCAACGAUCCACGAGCUCAAAGAAAUCACUAUGGCUCUCCAUCAACUUCAAAGCCUCCGAAUAUGCAUGAUAUAUCUCACUGCUGUACCCGGUCAUUCACCGUCAUUGACGAGACAAAUCUCACCAGUCAAACCCAACCAUUCGAUCCGACGCUUGGUUUUUCACACAAUGGAUUUCGGCUUUGUGUCCACCAUUCCACAAGAGGAGAGGCUACUUAUAUCAGUCAUUCUCUUUGAGAUGUUAUGUCAAGCGGCUCCUUCUGUCGAACAUCUAGGGAUCGGUGGAGACAAUCCAUUAUUAUCGCACUUGAAACUGGACGUAUUCGAGAAAUUAGAGACGCUAACUUUAAUGCCUAUUGGCAAGGAAAUCAAUAUUCAUAUUCCUAACUCUGUCCGAACACUCCUUAUAAGCAAGAAUAGCGCUGUCCGGAAGCCCCUACCCUCGCCAAAUAUCAAGGCCCUGGAUAUCCAAAUUUCAUCUGUGAAACAAACGGGAGAGGAGAUUUACAACGCGCAGACUACCUUUAUGGACCUCAGAGAGUGGCCGGCACUCGAAGUAGCGACUCUCCAUAGUAAUUACUCUCGAUUGACUGGUACCUCCUUCAGCUCACUUAGGAGUAUCACCCUCAAGGCGCUUCGUUAUCGCAAACGGUUUGACAUCAACAUGACUUUGUUUGUCAAAGAAAUCGCUGAAGCGGUGGACAACUACCCAUGCCUAGAAGAAAUCCAUAUGGACGAGUGCCCAGAAUGGGACAUCUUGAUGAUCAUGCUGGAAAGACGAAAUAUCCUCGCAGGUCCUGGUAUCAAACCAAUCAAGCGCCUGAUUUUGCCGAGUACCUGUCCAUAUAGCAUCUCUCAGUUGCUUCCAGGUCUCCUCGCGGGGAAGUGGGUCACAAGGCCAUCGAACUUCGAGCUCUCUCAGGCAGGCAAUGCGAAUUAUGUACUGAAUUCAGAAAUACCAGGAUGCUUCGCGUGCCUCCGAAUGUUGCGCAAUUGUGAUACACGUUCGUGGACGUACGUGAGACCACUUUAUAAUGAUGACAGGCUUUUCUCAAGAUUACACGAUUAUCCGAGUUCUGAAGAUGAGAUUCUUGCGACUUGGCUGGAAAGGGCCCUGCUGUGGGAGAAGUUCUAUACUCGUGGAAACCGCGUACUUCGCUGUACUAUUACAGAGGCACUCAGACUCACAAAGUCCCUUGAUGCCAACUCAUCUCCUCUCCUGUCUCCACUCCCAUCCCAAUAG